CCCGCCAUGGCCCUCGCCGCCUCCAACCUCCUCCGGAACCGCGUCGUCGCCAUCACGGGCGCAAGCCAGGGCAUCGGCCGCGGCAUCGCCCUCGGCUGCGCUCAAGCUGGCGCCAACGUCGUCGUGCACCACCUCGGCACCGACUCGACCACCCGCGACGCGCGCCACCUCGUCCGCGAGCUCGACGACCUCCGCCAGCGCGCUGCAGGACCAGCACCGCACGCCGGCCCACCAGCCGCGAUCGAGGUCUCGGGCGACAUCAGCGACCCAAAGACCGCCGACGCCAUCGUCGACGCGACCGUCGCAGCGUACGGCCGCCUCGACGGCCUCGUGAGCAACGCGGGCGUGUGCCCCUUCUUCUCGUUCCUCGACAUCCCGCACGACGUGUGGCGCUCGACCCGCAGCAUCAACCUCGACGGCGCUUUUUACGUCGUCCAGGCCGCCGCGAGGCAGAUGCGCGCCCAGGAGCCCCAGGGCGGCGCAAUCGUCGCCGUGUCGAGCAUCUCGGCGCUCGUCGGCGGCGGCCAGCAGGCGCACUACACGCCGACAAAGGCCGGCGUCAAGUCGCUCAUGGAGAGCUGCGCCAUCUCGCUCAGCCCGUACAAGAUCCGCUGCAAUUCUGUCCUCCCAGGCACGAUCGAGACGCCCAUCAACGCCAACGACCUCGCCGACAAGGACAAACGCGCCUACAUGGAGGGCCGCAUCCCGCUCGGCCGCCUCGGGCGACCGGAUGACCUGAGCGGCCCUACCGUCUUCCUGUUGAGCGACAUGGCGCAGUACGUGACGGGCGCGUCGGUCCUCGUUGAUGGAGGAGCCUUCGUCAACUUGCAAUAGAUCUUACUCUCUCUUUCGG